CAGGCUCCGGGCAAGACCAAAAGAUCUGGGCGUGGCCAAGCAGCCAGAGGGCGGGGCCUUAGCUGUCCCCAACAAGGCAGCGCUCCGCGCUGCGUGGUGGCAGCUGAACUCUGGCUAGCGUGGAGAUCUGCAGGAGCCAACCUUCACCCCCACUUUUGGGGUCACUGCCGUGAACUCUGGCAGGCCAGGUUCAGAUGGGCUUUGUCAGGUGGCCCCACUGCCCGCUCCUUCCUUAACUGGAGGGCUGAUGCCCCAAAAUUCGCCGGAGAAGAGCCAGGCCUACCCCCGCCGACGCCCUGGGCGUGACACAGGCCGUAAGAGCCCUGAGGCUGCCUCGGCCACAGCCAUGUACACCUUCCUGCCUGACAACUUCUCACCUGUCAAGCCUAAGCCAUCAAAAGAGGUGAAGCCGCUGCUGGGCUCAGCAGUGCUGGGGCUGCUGCUGGUGUUGGCCGCGGUGGUGGCCUGGUGCUACUACAGCGCCUCUCUGCGCAAAGCGGAACGUCUGCGCGCGGAGCUGCUGGACCUUAACCGCGGAGGUUUCUCCAUCCGCAACCAGAAGGGCGAGCAGGUCUUCCGCCUGGCCUUCCGUUCUGGCGCCCUGGACCUCGACUCCUGCAGCCGCGACGGCGCCCGGCUGGGCUGCUCUCGCACGGCAGAUGGGCGCCCGCUACACUUCUUCAUCCAGACGGUGCGACCCAAGGACACAGUCAUGUGCUACCGCGUGCGCUGGGAGGAGGCGGCCCCGGGGCGCGCCGUGGAGCAUGCCAUGUUCCUGGGGGACGCGGCGGCGCACUGGUACGGCGGCGCUGAGAUGAGAACCCAGCACUGGCCCAUCCGGCUGGAAGGCCAGCUGGAGCCGCAGCCCUUCGUCACCAGCGACGUGUACUCCUCCGACGCAGCAUUCGGAGGCAUCCUCGAGCGCUACUGGCUGUCCUCGCGCGCGGCUGCCAUCAAGGUCAACGACUCGGUGCCCUUCCACCUGGGCUGGAACAGCACAGAGCGCUCGCUGCGGCUGCAGGCUCGCUACGACAACACGCCCUUCAAGCCCCCCGCCGGCCUUGCCGCUGCUCUGGAGCUCAGCUACCGCGUGUGCGUUGGCUCAGAUGUCACCUCCAUCCACAAGUACAUGGUACGGCGCUAUUUCAACAAGCCGUCGAGGGUGCCAGCACCCGAGACUUUCCGGGACCCCAUCUGGUCCACAUGGGUGCUGUAUGGGCGCGCGGUGGACCAGGACAAGGUGCAGCGUUUCGCCCAACAGAUCCUACAGCACCGCUUCAACAGUAGCCACCUGGAAAUCGACGACAUGUACACGCCUGCUUAUGGUGACUUCGACUUCGACGAGGUCAAGUUCCCCAACGCCAGUGACAUGUUCCGCCGCCUGCGCGAUGCUGGAUUUCAAGUCACGCUCUGGGUGCACCCAUUUGUCAACUACAAUUCAUCGUCCUUUGGCGAGGGCGUGGAGCGAGAGCUGUUCGUGCGUGAACCCACGGGCCGGCUGCCGGCGCUGGUGCGCUGGUGGAACGGCAUCGGUGCGGUGCUGGACUUCACGCGCCCGGAGGCCCGCGACUGGUUCCAGGGGCACCUGCGGCGGUUGCGCUCGCGCUACGACGUGGCCUCCUUUAAGUUCGACGCGGGUGAGGUCAGCUAUUUGCCGCGGGACUUCAGCACCUACAGGUCGCUGCCGGACCCCAACAUAUGGAGCCGGCGCUACACUGAGAUGGCGCUUCCUUUCUUCUCUCUGGCUGAGGUCCGCGUGGGCUACCAGUCACAGAACAUCUCCUGCUUCUUCCGCCUGGUGGACCGGGACUCGGUGUGGGGCUACGACCUGGGGCUGCGCUCGCUCAUCCCCGCUGUGCUCACCGUCAGCAUGCUGGGCUACCCGUUCAUCCUGCCGGACAUGGUGGGUGGCAACGUGGUGCCCGAGCGCACCGCCGGCGGCGGCAAGGUGCCUGAGCGCGAGCUCUACGUGCGCUGGCUGGAGGUGGCCGCUUUCAUGCCCGCGAUGCAAUUUUCAGUCCCACCCUGGCAAUACGACGCUGAAGUGGUGUCCAUCGCGCACAAGUUCGCCGCACUGAGGGCCUCGCUCGUGGCACCGCUAUUGCUUGAGCUGGCCGGUGAGGUCACCGACACGGGCGACCCCAUCGUGCGCCCCCUCUGGUGGAUCGCGCCGGGCGAUGAGACAGCUCACCGCAUCGACUCGCAGUUCCUCAUCGGGGACACGCUGCUAGUGGCGCCGGUGCUGGAGCCUGGGAAGCAGGAGCGCGAUGUCUACCUGCCCGCAGGCAAGUGGCGCAGCUAUAAGGGUGAGCUUUUUGACAAGACCCCAGUGCUGCUCACCGAUUAUCCCGUUGACCUGGACGAGGUUGCCUACUUCAUCUGGGCAUCCUGACCCAGCCCAGGACCCAGCAACCCCACAUCUCUAAGCCCAGGCUUUAUGCAGGCCUUUUACCUUCCCUCAACCACCCCGCCUGUCCCCAGGAAGUCCCUGUCUCUGUACCACCCACUAAGUGGGUGGUAACAUAAAUAUGCUCCACCCAGUUCCCACGUAGGGUCAGGGGAGGGGGCAGUGAAGCCACCUCCCACUCUUAGGCACAAUCCUAACAGGCCCUUUUCUCCCAGACUCACCCCUGUCUGCAGAAACCUUUUCUCUGGGUUGGGGGUGAGUGAGUUCAGAGCGAAAAGGUCAGUUCCUGUUACACAUGGUUGGGUUUUAAAAGCACAAAGAGAAACCUCACUCUCCAUCCUGUCCUGAGUGACCAUCUUGUCCUUCUGAAGCGGGGACUUGGUCUUCUUUCAGGUCCCAAAGUAGCCCCUUGCCACACUUAGACAGGGUAUAUCCUUGGAGUUGGAAGCCAGGCCCUGAGCUCUCAGCACUGGCCUGAGCUGUGACUGACCUGGUCCCACCCCAGCUGCCGAGAAGAGAUUGGGGUGCUUGGCCAACUCACAAGGAGGCAGGAGGUUCCCUCCCAGAAGACAGGAGGACUUGGUUCAGCAUGGCACCAUCAUCAUCAUCAUCAUGGCGCCAUCAUCAUCGUCUCUCCUUUGCGCAGAGACUCCUAACACUACACUAACCCAUCUGUGUAUACAUGUGCGCUCAGCCCUGUGUACACGUGUGCUCAGCACUGCCUGAUGGGAAAAGACUUGCAAGACCAUGCAAGCUAGACUUGGUGCCUUAACCCAAGACUCUGUGUGUGUGUGUGUGUGUGUGUGUGUGUGUGUGUGUGUGUGUGUGAAAG